AUGAGCGGCUUAGAUCUCUACGAGUUGCCUAGUCUUGAGGCUGUCGAGGCUAGUGAGAAUAAAUUUGGGAUCCGAAGUAUUUUAUUUUGGAGUACAGUAGUGGCAGCAGUAUACAUAGUCUGGACCGUUGCUUCCCCGUUCUUUGAUCAGAUUUCCAAUCGUCUAUCGUCAAGGGUCACCGAGCUUCGCAGAAAUUCCGCAAAUAUAAUUCUUAGAACCGCAGACGUUUUUACAGGUAAUUCUGAAAUCGUGAGACCGAGAUCUGAAGAUGCUGUACUGAAAGGGGAUGUCGUCUAUAUUGCAGAGCCUACUUCUGACAACAUCAAGAAACGCCAGGGUCUUAUUUGUUUUUCUGGUAGCUCAGGUAUAGCACCGAGCAAUCGCGCUCUUGCAGACGAAUUUGCCAAGGCUGAUUAUAUCACUGUAAUUAUUAACUAUUGGGGCAAGCAUCAGAAGAUAUAUGAAAAAAUAGAAGACUCCGGCCCAUGGGAGAUGAGGGAUCCUAGCAGUGAGCCAAGUGAGAGAAAACGAGCCUCUAUGAUCAAGAACGCCUUGGACUAUCUUCGCAAUAAUCGAAACUGUACCCAAGUCGGUGGCGUGGGAUACAGCGGUGGUGCACUUCCACUCAUGAAUCUAAUCCAAGAGCGUCCUUGUCGUAUCGAAGCCGCGUUCAUGGCUCAUCCUGGGCGUUUGAAAACAUCAGAAUAUGGAACAAUUCAAGUGCCACUAUCGCUUGCUCAGACAUGGGACGAUCGAUCGGUUGACGCACGAACUCGUCACGAGCAAGAGAAGGAACUCAUCGACAUGGUUAUAUCGAUCAGCGAAGAGAAAGAUGCCAUCAAGUCGGGCAAGUUGCCACCAAAAGUUCCUUGGCAAAUGAAUUUAUUCUCGGGUGUUGAAUACGCGUUUGCUGUUAGAUUGCCGAGCAAAGGUCGACUGAGUAGAGACGAAACCUACGCAAAGCGAGCUGCUUUUUCUCAAGCAGUAAUGUGGUUCAGAACCUACAUGCCAAUCGGCGAAAAGAAGUUGGUAUACGACGUCUGA